AUGAGGCUCCCCCAGCUCAUAUUGCGGCUAUGGCCCAUACUAGGACCAUUUCCAGUUCCCAACGACUCGGUAGUUCCCCAGCCUAAAGCUCUACCCGUAGAUCCGCAAGUUCAUUCCAAUCUUUUCACAUAUGCGCACCUAGCAGACAUCGCCUAUUGCAUCUCCAAAACCAACCACAUCACAGAGCCUUUCAAAUGCGACUUGAAUUGCGAGAAGCGGUUUCCUAACGUCACCUUGGUCCACCAGUGGUACGUGGAUGACACAGCUUGCGGUUACGUGGCCGUCACCGACAGCAACGUCUUCGACUACGAGGAGGAGGCAUCGCUGCCCAAACGGACAGUCAUCGUGUCGUUGAGAGGAACCAGAUCCAUCUUCGAUACCUACACCGAUGUCAAGGUCGACAUGGUGACCUACACCAAUUUGAUGUACAACCUCCCUCGCUGCGUGGAUUGCAGGGUGCACAAAGGGUUCUAUGAGGCGUUUGCAAAGACUUUGAAUAUCGUACACAAUCUCCUAGAAGACCAGAUCCGUGGCCAGGACUACGAACUCAUAUUUGUUGGCCACUCUAUGGGAGGAAGCAUCGCCUUGUUUCUAGCGUUGUACUACCUCGAUUUGGGGUAUGAAAAUAUAUCCUUGGUGACGUUUGGCCAACCUCUCACUGGAAAUCAGAGGUUUGUCAACUGGGCAGAUAACGCUUUGGGAAGUCAAUUUCCCGCUAGCCACAACUCGUUUGCUCGCAAGUACCUUCGGGUGGUGCAUAAGGAUGACGUAGUGGCCACCAUACCGAAAUCCCGGAAUCCACUUGACUCUUACUAUCAGUUCGAUAACCAGAUCUACCUCAAUUGCUCAGCCGCCGAUGCUACACCAUCUCCUGAACAGGUGGUGGACUGUCUCACCGGAGAGAACCCCAAUUGUAUAAGAGGCGACUUCCAGGAUGGAAUAGAUGGAAUAUUAGGAGGUGUCAAUAAGAACUAUUACCGUAGUCAUAACACCUACUUGAGAUCAAUUGGAUUGUGUGGAAUAAUUUAG